AUGUCUCCUUAUGUACUGUUCCACAUCAGCCAUAUUCCCCAUUAACCCACUUUCUCCUGCUCAGCUGUGGGACUAAAUGACCUUCACCUGCAAGAGCCACCAGACUCCCUGAUGAACAUGCGGCCACUUCAGAGCAGGAUCUUUCAGCAGUACCUGUGCAGUGUGAAGGAGCAGGAGGGAAGCAGCAGCAUGGCCAUGAUCAGGAGGUUCAUGUGGGCAAGUUUCUCUGCACCUGGUGCUUAUGCACGAUGGAAUGCAUCACAGCUCGGGCUUCAGCUGCAGCACAGGAGGAUUAUAGCCAGCAACUCUGUGAAAAACUCUUUUCCACGCGUAUUUUCGAGCCUGAAUGUUUACGAUGAAGCUUUUCUGAAAGCUAGAGAGAAUCCGGAGCGCUUCUGGAGUGAAACUGCACACAAUAUAACCUGGUUUCAGACAUGGACUAAAACACUGGACUGUACCGAUAAAGUGUUUCCCAAAUGGUUUGUAGGAGGAGAGCUGAACAUGUGCUAUAACGCUGUCGAUCGUCAUGUUGAUGAUGGGAGAGGAGAUCAGACAGCCAUCAUCCACGACAGUCCUGUUACUCACUCCAAACAGACCAUCAGUUACAGAGAGCUGCUGGAUCAGGUGUCCAAGCUGGCAGGUGUUUUGGCAAAGCAUGGUGUGAAGAAAGAUGACAUGGUGGUGAUCUACAUGCCCAUGGUGCCUCAGGCCAUGAUCACCAUGUUAGCCUGCGCCCGAAUCGGAGCUCCUCACAGCCUCAUCUUUGGCGGCUUUGCCUCUAAAGAACUCUCCAUCCGUAUUGAUCAUGCUAAGCCCAAAUUGUUGGUUACGGCGUCGUUCGGGAUCGAGCCGGGUCGAAGGGUGGACUACAUUCCUCUGGUGGAGAAAGCGCUGGAGCUGAGCAGCCACAGACCUCACAAAGUCCUCAUCUACAAUCGACCAGGCAUGGAGAAAGUGCACACACACCCUGAGCUGAGCCUGGACUGGGACGAGGAAAUGUCUUCAGCUCGUCCUCAUGACUGUGUGUCUGUUCCUGCUCAUCAUCCUUUGUACGUCCUGUACACUUCAGGAACUACCGGCACACCAAAGGGUGUAGUGAGGGAUACAGGAGGCUAUGCGGUGAUGUUGAACUGGACCAUGUACAGCAUUUACGGUCUGAACCCUGGUGAGGUCUGGUGGGCUGCGUCGGAUUUGGGUUGGGUCGUCGGACACUCUUACAUCUGCUACGGUCCUCUUCUCCAUGGCAACACCACCGUGGUCUAUGAGGGAAAACCCGUGGGGACUCCGGAUCCCGGAGCAUUUUUCCGUGUCAUGUCUGAGCAUGGAACAGCGUCAGUGUUUACAGCUCCCACUGCCAUCAGAGCAAUCAGACAACAAGACCCACAUGCAACGUACGGAAAACAGUACACACUCAACAGUCUCAGGUCGUUAUUUGUAGCAGGUGAGAGGUGUGAUAUGGAGACACUACAGUGGGCUAAAAAGAGUUUUGGCGUUCCUGUUUUAGACCACUGGUGGCAGACUGAGAGCGGCUCAGCCAUCACAGCGUCGUGUGUCGGUUUGGGAAAUUCUCUAUCGCCCCCUGCUGGAACUGCAGGCAAACCUGUACCGGGAUACAACGUGACUGUGAUUGAUGAUGAAAUGCAACAGGUCAAGCCGAGGAUGCUGGGAAAUAUUGUGGUAAAGCUGCCUCUCCCUCCCGGUGCUGCUCUCUCUCUCUGGCAGAAUGACGAGCUCUUUAAACAAAUCUACUACACCAAAUUCCCUGGUUACUAUGACACUAUGGAUGCUGGAUACGUCGACGAGGAGGGGUUUGUAUACAUUAUGUCACGCUCUGAUGAUGUCAUCAAUGUGGCAGGCCACAGGUUGUCCACUGGAGCACUGGAAGAGUGUUUAUUGCAGCACCCCGGGGUAGUGGACUGUGCUGUACUGGGACUGGAGGACUCACUGAAAGGACACGUCCCUCUGGCACUGUGUGUCCUCCAACACGAUUUUGAGAAGAAUAAAGCCGUAGUGGUGAAGGAGUUGGUCAGUUUGGUGCGAGAGAACAUCGGUCCGGUCGCUGCGUUCCGGAAAGUUCUGUUCAUCAGAACUCUGCCCAAAACCCGCUCGGGAAAAAUCCCACGAUCCUCUCUGGCCAGUCUCAUCAACGCCAAGCCGUAUAAGAUCUCUCCCACUAUCGAGGAUCCUGGAGUGUUUAAGACCAUUGAGAAGGUUGUGAGGGAACAUCUAAAAGAACCUGGAAGUUAAUAACACACUCUAAUACACACAAAAGCACACACACACAAACGCACACAUUACAGCCUUUUGGGACCCUGUAACCACUCGGAGUACGAUGUAAUUUAAGCGCGAUUACCAUAAAAAACCAGCAAGUGUCUUUAAAAUGUGAAUAAGGUGAUUAAACUGUAAUGAUUUUUCAGAUUAUGAUGUAAUGAGUUGAUGUCUGAUGUCUAAUUGCACAAAACUGACAUACAAACAAAAUAACAAUGCAAAAUUAGCCCUGUACUCUUAUAUAAUAUCGCUGCAUCUGGUUUGAUCAUUACAAACUGACAACUUUAACACUGCUUCGUUAGCUGAACUUUACUACAGUUAAGCUAGUAAAGCUAAUAAGCAAGUAAAAUUACGUUAAAAUUAUAGUAAUAUAAUGUUGCUAAAGUUAAGCUAGUCAAGCAAGUAACAUUACUACAGUUACGAUCAUAAUGCUACUAUAAAAGUAACUGUACUUGCUUUACUAGCUAGCUUUAGUAAUCUUACUUUACUAGCUUAACGUUAGUAACAUUACUAUUUAAAUUCUGUUCUAUUACUAUUUCUUACUAUAUCAUAGAUCUUUUUUUGCACCUUUUUGUUUAAAACUUGCUGUACUUGCUUUACAAACUGAACUGUAGUAAUCCUACUUUACUAAGUAAGUUAAUUCCUGUUAGGUUAACUGUAAUAACAUUACUUAAUUUACCAUCUUAAGUUUAGUAAAGUUUGCAAAACCACUUUACUACUUUAACUUCAGUAAUGAUAUUUGCUUUACUAGCCUAACUUUACUAAAGUUAAGCUAGCUUGAUCACAUAUUAUCUUAAGCUAGUAAAUUCAUGCUUAGCUAAAGCUUUUAAUAAUAUUUACUUUACUAACUUUAGUAACAUUAUUUGCUUCAUUAGCUUAACUUCAGUUGUUACUUUUAGAUAAAUUAGUAAUGCUACUAGCUUAGCUUCUUUACUGUUACUCCCUUUAGCUUAGCUUUAAUAGCAUGACUUUAUUUACUGUCUUGUUUUAUAAUAAUGCUUACUUUACCAAAUUAACUUUAGUAAUGCUACUUACUUUACUAGUCUAACUUUAGUAAUCUUACAAGAUUUAAUCUAGUAAAUCUAGUAAUAUUAUUAAAGUUUAUCUAGUAAAAGUUAGAAAUUAGUUGAAGCAAUUAACUAGCUUAACUUCUGUUAUUUCUACUUAAUCGACUAAGUAACAUUACUUGGUUCAUUAGCUUAACUUUAGUAACGUUACUUACUUUGUUACUCGCAUCACUAGCCCAACUUUUUUAUUGUUACUUCUAUUUAGCUUCACUUAACAUUAGUAGCUUAUUAUUUACUUUGCUAAAAUAAUUUUAAUACAGCUACUUGCUUGACUAACCUAACAGCCUAACGUUAGUAAUCCAACUUUAAUAUCUUAACUUUCACACAAUGUUACUUGGUUCAGUACUUUGUCAGUACUGUAACUUUAUUUAGUUUAACUCUUUAUUUGCUAGCUGUAGUUAUGAUAUUAUUUGCUUUACUUUAAGUGCAAAAGAUUACAUCAGGUCUACGUCCACCAAAUAAAAUCCAGACCAGCAGACUGA